AGCUCUCAAUAAAGCGCUUCACGGGCCACGAGCGGCGCGUCUGUCAUUCCCCUGGAAAAUACACCUACGGCAUAUAAUAAAGAGGGGAGAAAAAAAAAUCUAAAUAGAUCUUUAUUAUGCUUUAUUCUACGUUUAACUUCACGUGAUUAUUGGGUAAUUUAAAACAUCUACAGUUCUUCAGAUCAAUCAGACCAUCGUCGAGAAUCUUGGAUAGACUGCAGACCCCAGUCUGCAGAGGGCAUGGGCUCAUGAUGGAGGACAACGGACCUCGUGUGGUGGACUACUUUGUGGUCGCCGGCCUCACUGCCACGUCCAAGCCCCUGGAGGAGGAGCUCCACUUGGCGGACCACGCCUGUGCCCGCUCCGCCAGGAACAACGCGCCCAUCACGGAUGUGGCGGUGGUGAUCCGCUCGCUGGGCGAGGAGGUGCCCCCCGGCUUCACCAGCGUGGACAGCACGCCCACGGGCCUCUCGGCCGAGCUCAACGGGGCCAGCCUGCGCGGGCCGCAGAUCUUCCUGUGCUUCAAGCGGGGCAGGGAUAAGCCACCGCUGACAGACCUGGGCGUGUUGUACGAGUGGAAGGAGAAGCUGAAGCCGGGAUGCCACAUCGUCCAGACCACGCCCUCCGGUCGCCCGGCCAACAUCAGCAGCUCCUCGUCGCAGCGGAUCUACAUCACCUACCGCCGCGCCCCCCAGAUCCAGCCCCACUCCUCCCUGGCCGUCACCGACGUCUGCAUCAUCAUCCCGGGCAAGGGGGAGACCUCGCCACACACCUUCUGCAAGGUGGACAAGAACCUCAACAGCAGCAUGUGGGGAUCCUCGGUUUACCUGUGUUACAAGAAGUCUCUGGCCAAAACCAACGCGAUAGCAUACGAAGCAGGGCUGCUGUGUCGGUACCCUGAGGAGGACUAUGAGUCCUUCCCCCUGCCCGAGCCUGUGCCUAUGUUCUGCCUCCCCAUGGGGGCGAACAUCGAGUGCUGGCCAGCUCACACCAAGCACUCCCUGCCAGUCUUCUCCACCUUCGUCCUGACUGGAGCCUCCGGGGAAAAGGUGUACGGGGCAGCUAUCCAGUUCUACGAGCCCUACGCCCGGGAGAGUCUGACAGACCGCCAGCGUGCCCAGCUGGGGCUGCAGACGUCCGACCUCCGCGACGGGAGCCGCAGCGUCCAUAGCAACAAGAGCAUCUGCCUCCUCUCCCACUGGCCCUUCUUCCAGGCCUUCCGGAGUUUCCUCACAUUCCUCUAUCGAUACUCCAUCUCCGGGCCGCACGCACUGCCACUGGAAAAGCACAUCUCCCACUUCAUGCGGACCGUCCCCUUCCCCUCCUCGCAGAGACCACGCAUCCUCGUGCAGUUGUCUCCGCAUGACAGUGUGAUACUGAGCCAGCCAGUGUCUUCUCCACUGCCACUCAGUGGUGGCAGCCUCUCCACACUACUCCUGAAUCUGGGUCCAAAGAACGCGGCCAGCCUGUUGGUGCUGGCGGUGACCGAGCAUAAGAUCCUGGUCCACUCGCUGCGUCCGGCCGUACUGACCAGCGUGACGGAGGCGCUCGUGUCUAUGAUCUUCCCGUUCCACUGGCCGUGCCCCUACAUCCCGCUGUGCCCGCUGGCCCUGGCCGAUGUGCUCAGCGCCCCGUGUCCCUUCAUCGUGGGCAUGGACUCCCGCUACUUUGACCUCUAUGUGCCUCCCGCCGACAUCACCUGUGUGGACCUGGACACAAACACUAUCUUUCAUAAGGAGGACAAGAGAGCUCUGACUUGGAAGGUCCUUCCCAGGAGGGCUUGUAAACACUUGCUCAACACCUUAGGCAAGAUUUACCAGCAGCUUGUUGACGGUGGACAGCUGAGCGGUCAAGAGGGCCAGAUGGAGCAGACACUCACCGACAGCGAGCUCAACGGGGGAAAGAGCCUGCACACCCUGGAGCUGGAGAUCCAGGAGGCCUUUCUGCGCUUCAUGGCCGCCAUCUUGCGAGGCUACCGCUCCUACCUGCUGCCCAUCACUAAAGCCCCUUCUGAGAAGACCACCGACGCCAGCUCCCUCUUUGACCACCAAGGAUUCCUCAAGAGCCGUGACCGAUCUCAUCACAAGUUCUACUCCCUGAUGACCAAGACCCAGCUGUUCAUCCGCUUCAUCGAGGAGUGCUCCUUUGUCAGCGAUAAGGACACCAGCCUGGCCUUCUUCGACGAGUGUGUGGACAAGCUAUUCUCAACAGGCGGCAAGGUUGACAGCGAGAGACCGGAGGAGACCAGACUGAUAGACCUGGACGAGUCGCACCACUCGGAGCACACGGUGUACAUCAACCCCCCAGAGCUGCCCCUGCUCCCCGCUGGGGAGGAGCACCCGCUCUGCUACAGCUACUCCGGCUUCCCGGUGCUCAACGCUAAUCUUCUGGAGACGUUUGUGGGGUCCAACCCUCCGUCAGCCGGCAUGGCUCCUCGCCACCACCACCCGGCCAGCCCCACAGCCAUAUUCAGGCGCUCCAAGCAGGAGAUCAAGCUCGCUCAGAAGAUGGCCAAAACCCAGUCGUCCAUGCCCCAGCUGUGGUCCCGGUGCCUGUUGCGCCACUGCUACGGCCUGUGGUUCAUCAGUCUGCCAGCACUGGUCAGCUCCAGCCCCUCCAAGGUGCGGGCGCUGCGCACCGCCUACGACCUGCUGAGGAAGAUGCAGGACGACAAGCUGCAAGCUCCCGACGAGGUGUGCUACCGGGUGCUGAUGCAGCUGUGCGGUCAGUACGGCCAGCCAGUGCUGGCUGUCAGGGUGCUGUUUGAGAUGAAGAAGGCCGGGGUUCAACCCAACGCCAUCACCUACGGCUACUACAACAAGGCGGUGCUGGAGAGCACCUGGCCCUCCAGCACCCGUGGGGGCUACUUCCUGUGGGGGAAGCUGAGGAACGUGGUGUUGGGGGUCCUCCAGUUCAAGCAGGUGGGGCGGAAGGAGCUGCCGGCCCUCAGGGACCCUCAGGCUUCAGACGGCAGUGAUCUGGACACGGUCAGCCACGGCAGCCUGGACAGCGUCAACGACUCCAACGAGCGCACUUCCAUCGACGCCGACUUCAACAAAAUGGACUCCAGCGAUGAUGGAUGUAGCACAGGCGGCCAGUCAGACCAAGGCUAUGAUUCACUCUCCAAAGAGGAAGAACGAGUGAACGACAACACACCACUGGUUGACCAAAAGACCAAAGACACACAUCGGAAGUCCUCAUCUGAACACGAUGAGUCCCCUCCCUUCAGCCAAGCAUCUCUUAGUGUCCAGAGUCCGCCGUCUUCAAACAGCAUCGCUGGGGACGGCGUCAGCGGAACGCGUUCAGGUCCUUCCCAGGACGACGGCCCCGCGCCCUGUGGGGUCUCACCGAAGAAGGAGAGGCCCAAGUCUCUGUUCCUGCCCUGCGGCCAGUGGCCCCCGAGACCCAACGCCCUGGCCCUGGCCCUGGGCUCCACCAAGCAGCCCCACCUGACGGCCGUGAGGCUGCGUGGGGUGGAGGAGGAGGAGCUGGACGCUGGGAAGAACAAGCAGAGAGCCCUGGUGGAGCAGAGCGGGAGCUGCAGGGACGGGGCGGAGAGUCCCGGUAGUAACACCACCCCCACCUCCACCCCCACCCCCACCACCACCACCCCCACAACCAGCCCCCAGUCCCCAGGGCGGACAGUCAGGCCCAGUGGUGGGGCGGUGAGCAAGUCGGACAUGGAGCGCGGGUUCGAUCCCCUGUCGCUCAUGGCGGCCGAGGCGGAGCAGAGCCAGCUGGCCUCCCCCGGCGCCCCGCCCACGCCCCGCCGCGGGCUGGCCGAGGAGAUAGAGACCUACAUGAACAACGGGGGCAGCCCCUCCAGAGUGCGCAGCUCUGUCCCGGACCCCCCCCAGGACCCCCCCGCCACGGCCGGCCCGGAGGCAGACCCGCCCGCCUGCGCCACGCCCUCCCCACACCGGCCCCCCCCGCUGCUCCGCGCCAACUCCAGCCUCCAGCUCCGGGUCCGGUCCCGGGAGCGCCUCAGCACGUCGCCGUCGCUGCCCCUCGCCGUGUCCCCCAGAGACAGGCCCUCGUCGCUGGUCUCCCCCUCCUCGCCCUCGCCCUCCGCCUCCUCCUUCUCCAUGGAGUCCCUGUUCACCCCCACCCUGGACAUCUUCAAGAGCAGCUUCUUCUCCGCCGGGAAGGGCGUGGCGGAGAAGGCCAGCCGGCUGUACUCCCGGCUCUCGUCCCAGACCUCCCUGAGCCAGGACGCCAACUGCGACCAGAUGAGCAUCUCGUCCCUGACCUCGGGGGACCCUGACUGCUGCUCCCUCCUGGACGCUGACUCCUACCUGGACCCCGACGGCUUCACGUCCCCCCAGCACGGCAGCCUGGCCCGCCUCAGGAGGAGCCCCGGGUCGGGCUUCCGGACCGCCCUGGACAGCCCCGGGACCCCCAGCCGGGUGUUCAGACACAACUCCUUCUCAGGUGCUUUGACUCCGUUUCCCAGAGGCCCCCACACUCCAGACUCCUCGCCUGAUGUGGGCCGCUUCUACCCCACUCACAACUACACCGUCGAGGUUCUGAUGUCCAGCUGCUCGCUGUGCAAGACCUGCGACAGUCUGGUGUACGACGAGGAGAUCAUGGCGGGCUGGACGGCCGACGACUCCAACCUCAACAGCACCUGUCCCUUCUGCGGCACGCCCUUCGUGCCGUUCCUCAACGUGCACAUCAAGGACCUGAGGCCCCUCAGCAGCCAGAGCACUGAAGAGGAAGGUAAUCCUGUUAGCGAGGAGGAAGACACGUCCACGUCACUGACCCCCGGGGCAGAGCCCUCCGCGGGGCCGUCUCCUGCCGCUCCCCCCCCACCCGCCCCCCCGGCGGCUCCGGCACGCCCGUGGCCCCAGAGCCGGCCCCCGCCGCAGCGGCCCCCCGCGGCCCCGGUGACGGUGCCCUACCUGAGCCCCCUGGUGCUGUGGAAGGAGCUGGAGAGCCUUCUGGGGAACGAGGGCGAGCAGGUGAUCUGCACCCCCAGCAUCGUGGACCAGCACCCCAUCGUCUUCUGGAACCUGGUGUGGUACUUCAAACGGCUGGAGCUGCCUAGCAACCUGCCCGCGCUCAUCAUGGCUUCGCAGCACUGUCGCCAUGGAGACCAGACCUCUCCCAGCGUAUCCACGGAGGACGAUAAGUACGUGCUGGUGAGGAUCAUGUGGGACAACCUGAAGCUGCACCAGGACCAGGUCCAGCCCUGCUACGUGCUGUGGAACACACACUGUGCCAACUCCCUGGUCCGCUCGGGGCUCUGUGAGGCGGGGCAGCUCUUCACGGUGGAGCAGCUUCAGGGCAUUGUGAGGUCCAUUAAGAAGAGCGACGUCUACCAUCCCAUGAGCCACAUCAUCCAGCUCCUGGGCCCCGAGAUGGGCUUCAAGAGACAGCGGAGCCUGUACCGUGACAUCCUGUUCCUCGCCCUGGUCGCACUGGGCAGCAGCAACAUUAAUAUGGACGCGUUCGACCGCGAGUACAAGAUGGCGUACGACCGGCUGACGCCCGGUCAGGUCAUGCUGACGCACAACUGUGACCGACCGCCGGGCGCGGGGGUCAUGGAGUGCAGGAGGACUUUUGGGGAGCUCGGACUCUGAGCGCCUGCCGCCCCCUCUUGGGUCUCGAACUCACCACUGCCACCACCGUCGCUCGCUCAAUGCUGCUCUGCUGGAACCAGGCUCAGGACCAAGGACCUUUUACAACGCAAACCGAACAACCUAAGGAGCACAGUAAGACAAAAACAAAACAGACUUUAACCGAACAAAACCUCCCCUUUAGAAAGGGGAGGUUUCGUUCUGUUCGAGUUAAGUUAAAGACUGGGGUUUUUGAAGCACAGUAGAACAAAAACAGAACAAAACCAAACAGACUCUUGAAGCAACACUGAGGGGUUUUUAUAAACGUGACAAGUGAGAUGUACGGUGAAACCGUCUCUGUAUUUGUAACUUGUAAUAUGUUGUCCUUUUGAUGUCACCCUAUAUGUUUGUACAAGUAAUUAUUAUACAGUGUAUGUUCUGACUUUACUUUUCUGUCGAGCUGUGGGAGUAUAACUAGUAAUGGUCUGUGUUGGGCUGUCUGAACACCAACUGUGGUCUGUGAGACCAUUUUUAAGAUGUUUACAUGUUAAAAGCACUUUGGCAGUUCUUUACACUAUCUUGCUGUAUAAAAGAUUAUGUAAGUAAAUGUACAGCUGUAUUGGAAGCUACAGUAACGGAUGUAUCGGCUGAUAUUACUAGUGAACGCUGGUCUGAUACCGCCAGACCGAGUACUGGUCCUGAACCUCUCGGUUCAUUUGGAUUUCAAAGCGGUGUAAUCACAGGGUGCCGACCAAAAUGCCUCUGAACGCAAUAGAAAAGGCCAACGACCAAUCAGGACAACAAAACGUGUGACACAACAGCCUACCUAGUUGUUAAAGGUUGGGUAUGGAAUUCUC